UAGGCAGUCAUUAGAGUCUCGAGACGAGCAGCUUCAAUCUUCGUCUAGGUCAAACGGCCUCUCUGCGUGCUCACGAUUGUCUUAGAGAAAUUCUGGCAAUUACUCAACUAGCCUAGCUCUUGAUUCCUCACAUGAGGGCUGAGACUGCAAAGGAAUUGUCACAUCCCGAUUUUUCGAUUUGGAUUUACUUGAUGCUGUGAAAUCUUCGCCGAAUCGCUUUGAGUCUAUUCUCUACGCUGUAUACCCCAAUGCCACAGUGCUAUGUACAAAGUCGUCGAUGGUCUUGAAUGAAACACCAAGGGACAAGGAAAAUUUUUGUAGGUCGUUAGGACUGCUGCGCCCGUUGCUUCAUCUUCAGCCUCAGCAGAUCGGGUUUAGGACAGCUGGGAGUCUUCGCUCCCUCGCCUCGAUCCUGGUAGAACGCAUUGCAGCAUUCGUACAAGGCAUUGAUUUGUGUCUGGCACUUUGCCUCCUGGUAAGAAUUUUUUGUCAGGCAGGCUGAGUCAGGUUAGCAUGUCGUAGAGGACUGAUCCAUAACCAAAUAUAUACCUUGGAUAGCACACUACUCGACCGGUCAAUAUUACAUUUGGUUUCUACCGAAUGAGUAUCUAGUCAAGACUUACUGCUCGUGGAUGACAGGGGGGAUCGUAGGACAAAUCUUCUUUCAUAUUUCCCUGAAUAUACUAGUCAUUCACCGUUCGAUUUACCGUUACCCAGGGUGCUUUGAGUGCCGAGAGAGCUCCUACCAUGAUGUAAUGUUGACCAGCAAAAAUGAGUGGUAGGUGAAGAAGACCUCAAUUAUUCACUUGACUCCUGCGUUUGUUUCACUGCAAGCUGCAGGUUCUUUGUUCUUGCUAGCUUCAAACGACCAAUUAUUCCACGGAAGUCGGGGCGAAGGGAAAAGGUGUGAAGUGAUUGAAUGCAUGCAGAGUGACGCUGCACCCAACCGGCAUCUCAGUUCCCCAGCCAACCUCUUCCCUCUCACCGCCUUCGCUGUUCGACCUGCACCGCAAAAACAAAUUAUCCGAAGUCUCUCCGCUGGUGGGGUUUCCAGUUACUUCUCAGCCAUGAGAUUCACACCUCCGACCUUUCGCUCUCCUUCGCCCUCUCCUCAGUCAUCUCUCCCUCCCGUCUCCCAUAUCUGCUCCAAAAGUCGCUCCGGCUCUGACCCCUCGCCACCUCCGACCCUCCCAGCUCAUCUAGCCAGCCCACCCGUUUCGCAGAAUCCUCCAUCUCUUGAUAUCGCAAUGUCCGACUCUGUACCUCCCGCCGGUGAGGCUCCCGUGGAGCACUUGAACAUCAAGGUCACGGACAACAACAACGAAGUCUUCUUCAAGAUCAAGCGCUCCACCCAGCUGAAGAAACUCAUGGAUGCCUUCUGCGACCGUCAAGGCAAGCAGCUGUCUACCGUCCGCUUCCUAUUCGACGGUACCCGCGUGCGCCCCGAAGACACCCCGGACACUUUGGAGAUGGCCGACGGCGACACUCUCGAAGUCCACCAGGAGCAGAUCGGAGGCUAGAUCUAAAACGCGAAAGACAUUCUGUCCAUUUGUUCUUAGUCUUUUUUUCUUCUUUUCUCCUGCCGAAAUGUUUCUUUUAUCUAGGAUCGUCGCGUCUUAAGCUUCCGCAUCCUCAUCCAAUACUCUACGUCUCGUCAUGUGAACAUGUUCGAUAUCCUCAUCUACGUUUCUCCCUAUUUCCCCCGAAUGUUGUUAUUUUUUCGUCUUUGUUUUACCUCGCAUACGAGACGGGCGCUGUGGUGUUUGCAUUGGAACCUUUCAAGUUUUGACAUGACUUGAUUGGUAUGGACGGAUGAUGUCUUGUCUUUUCUUCACAAAUGACUACCUAUCUGCCCUUACCUUUCCUGAUCUGCCUUUUUUCUAGACCGAAAAGAAGAGUGAAACCAAGGGAUCCUACUUCUAUCUAUAAAAACUUCUAAAAAAAACUUGCAUCCGACUGAAAAAGGCAUGCCUUUUUCUACUUAAAAAACU